UAUGACUGAUAGUGGAGGUCAGAAAUUUCGUAUUUAAGUCCGGUCGAAAGAUUCAGCAGUAUUAGUGUUUCAAGUUCUCUAGUCAAAAAAGUAGCAAAAUGAAAAUUGUGGUUUCCAUAUUCCUUGGAUGUUUGGUUGCACUUGCGAGAGCAAGUGGGAUAGUUAACGUUCACAGCGUCGUAGAUGAUGGACAGUGGCAUGGAGAAGGCCUUUUGGAAAGUCAGGAUCUUGAAUCUCUUCAUGUUGCUCCCCUUCAACAUCCAGUUGUAGCUGCACGAGCUGUACCAUUACCCCCUCCAGUUAUUCCUGCUCCAGCAGUGCCAUUUCCCCCACCUGUUGUAGCUGCCCGAGCUGUACCAUUACCUCCUCCAGUAGUUCCUGCUCCAGGUUUACCUUUUCCGUCUCCGGUUGUAGCUGUUCGAGCUCUCGAUGAUGGACAAUGGCAUGGGGAAGGUCUUUUGGAAAGUCAAGAUUGGGCAGCGGGACAUGUUGCACCUCUACCACCGGUUGUGCCCGGAGUUCCUUUACCUCCACCAGGUUUAGCUUACAAUUUACGAGACGACGACCAAUGGCAUGGGGAAGGACUUUUGGAAAGUCAAGAUCUUGAGAGGCACGGAAUAGUGCGCUUACAUUGAUUUUGUAAAUCGCACAGAUAUUGAUAUAUAUGUGUAUAUAUUGACGUAAAUAAAAUUUGAAUGA